AUGAACUCUUGUUUAGAGGAUGUGUCCCCCGAGGGCCACGACAGACAGGCAGGCGGAGGCACGCGGAUCCACAACGCAGAAACGCCCCCGCGGGGGUAUGUGCCUCCGUGCGAGUGCCCGUGCAGAGGGGUCAGGCGGGGCUCCGGGCUCCGGCUGCUGGCGCUGUCCACGCUGGGCUUCUGCCUGAUGCUACAAGUCAGCGCCAGGAGGCCCCCCAAGACGCCCCCCUGCCCGCCCAGCUGCUCCUGCACCAGGGACACCGCCUUCUGUGUAGACUCCAAGGCAGUGCCCAGGAACCUGCCCUCCGAGGUCAUCUCUCUGACGCUGGUGAAUGCUGCCUUCUCAGAGAUCCAGGAUGGAGCAUUUUCCCACCUGCCACUGUUGCAGUUCCUGUUACUCAACUCCAACAAGUUCACUCUGAUUGGAGACAACGCCUUCACAGGACUGUCGCACCUGCAGUACCUCUUCAUUGAGAACAAUGACAUCUGGGCACUAUCCAAGUUUACCUUCAGAGGACUCAAGUCUUUGACACACCUAUCACUGGCCAACAAUAACCUGCAGACACUGCCCAGAGACAUCUUUCGGCCCCUGGACAUCCUGAGUGACUUGGACCUGCGGGGCAACUCGCUCAACUGCGACUGCAAAGUGAAGUGGCUGGUGGAGUGGCUGGCGCACACCAACACCACGGUGGCUCCCAUCUACUGCGCCAGCCCGCCCCGCUUCCAAGAGCACAAGGUGCAGGACUUGCCGCUGCGGGAGUUCGACUGCAUCACCACGGAUUUCGUGCUGUAUCAGACCCUGUCCUUCCCAGCAGUGUCGGCCGAGCCCUUCCUUUACUCCAGCGACCUCUAUUUGGCUCUGGCUCAGCCAGGUGCCAGCGCUUGCGCUGUGCUCAAGUGGGACUAUGUGGAACGGCAGCUUCGAGACUAUGAUAGAAUUCCAGCUCCCUCUGCUGUGCACUGCAAGCCAAUGGUGGUGGACAGCCAGCUGUACGUGGUUGUGGCCCAGCUGUUUGGGGGCUCUUAUAUUUACCACUGGGACCCCAACACCACACGCUUCACCAAGUUGCAGGACAUUGACCCACAGCGUGUGCGCAAGCCCAACGACCUCGAGGCUUUCCGCAUUGACGGCGACUGGUACUUUGCUGUGGCUGACAGCUCCAAGGCGGGUGCCACCAGCCUCUACCGCUGGCACCAGAACGGCUUCUACUCCCACCAGGCCCUGCAUGCCUGGCACCGUGACACUGACCUGGAGUUUGUGGACGGCGAGGGCAAGCCACGGUUGAUCGUGUCUAGCAGCUCCCAGGCACCUGUCAUCUAUCAGUGGAGUCGUACCCAGAAGCAGUUUGUGGCCCAGGGCGAGGUGACCCAGGUGCCUGAUGCCCAGGCCGUGAAACACUUCCGUGCUGGUCGCGACAGCUACCUGUGUCUCAGCCGCUACAUCGGCGACUCUAAGAUCCUGCGCUGGGAGGGCACCCGCUUCUCUGAAGUGCAGGCCCUGCCCUCCAGGGGCUCCCUGGCCAUGCAGCCCUUCCUUGUGGGCGGCCGCCGCUACUUGGCGCUGGGGAGUGACUUCUCCUUCACGCAGAUCUACCAGUGGGACGAGGGGCGCCAGAAGUUCGUGCGGUUCCAGGAGCUGGCUGUGCAGGCCCCUCGGGCCUUCUGCUACAUGCCUGCUGGGGACGCCCAGCUGCUCCUGGCCCCCAGCUUCAAGGGACAGACGCUCGUGUACCGACACAUCGUGGUGGAUCUCAGUGCCUAGAGGGGUGCUGAGGCCUCUGGGUGUCCGGCAGACCUGAAUAGAAGUCUCUGUGUGAGCCGCAUGUGUGCCUGUGUGAAGACACAUGUAACCAACCUGCAUACAUGGCCCCACGGACACCCUGCACCCCCGCCCCCCUGUGAGCAUGGGCACACACUGUGGGCGGGCCAGGGGAGCCACUUACUGUAGUUGUCAUCAGCAUGGAGACUUGUAGCUGUGCCAGGCAACCCAGCGGCCCUGUGCCUGCUCAUACGCAGACAUCUGUCAGCCCCACACCCUACCUGAAGUACCCCCCACCCUGCGCUUGAUCUGCUGCUUUCCCCGAGCUCUGGCUCCAGGGGAGGAGUCGGGGGGCGGGGCGCAGAACCACCCCUUCCGUUUUUCAGCUUAGCUUCCCUACUCUCUGGUCUCCCUGCGGCCACAUCCUUCAGGCUGCUGGGCUCACUCACCUGCGCUACGCUCCUGCGUGCACACGUGGACGCUCAUGGACACCUCAUUACACACAC